AUGGGUCUGAUGAGACCUAGUUUGAAGAAGCUAUCAAUACAUGAUGCUGCAGGAAUGAUGUGGGGUAUACUACGAUGCUACAAACUCAUGAACGAGUUUGUUAGUCACAAGUUUUUGGGACAACCAAAACUCUUGAUAUACUCAGUGAAUCAUUUGUCUUGUCUCAUGAAGGAUCUCGAACCAAUGAAGAAACAGGCAGAUCAGCUUCAGAUGGAAAUGGGUGCUAUGCUGGGGGAACUUGACAAGAAGGAGGAUAAACUAGGGGGCAAUAAGGUUGUUUGA